AUGGCAAUGAGACCUAGUAGUCCAAUUGGUGCUACCAGAUUAGUCAAUAAACAGAAGGGGGAGCAUUUUAGGAAACAAGAGUCAAAGGUACAGAACCUUGAUUAUCUUUCAGGAAAUACGGUAUGGGUAAAGGUAGAUACAGAUGAGCUGUUUGUUGAAUGUACAGUCAAAUCAGUAGAAGGAGAACAGCUGAAGGUGAAUUGUAAAGGGGAAGAGAUACUAGUAAAGAUUACUGAUUGCCUUAACAGUUUGCCGGAUUUUGAAUCAUUACAAGUUAAUGAUUUGUCGAAAAUUCCACACGCAAAUAGCGCAGUGGUAUUGAAGAUUUUGAGAGAACGCUUUGACAAAGAUGUGAUAUAUACCUACGCAGGGAAACUAUUAGUGGCAUUGAAUCCAUUUAAAAAAAUCCCAAACUUGUACGAAAAUAAUGUAAUUGAGCUCUACAAAAAAGCAGAUACAACCCUAGGAUUCCCAACUGAUUUGGACCCACAUACAUACGCAGUUGGCCAGUGUGCAAUAAAUGGCCUCUUCAACGAUAAUAAAAAUCAGUCAUGCAUAGUCAGCGGAGAGUCUGGAGCAGGGAAGACCGAAACGGCAAAGCAAUUGAUGAAUUUUUUCGCCUAUUCCAAAACGAACUUAAAUACAGGCACCUCGGUACAGGAUGUUAUUCUUGGUAGUAACGCACUUUUGGAGUCCUUCGGAAAUGCGAAGACUAUUAAUAAUAACAACAGUAGCAGAUUUGGAAAGUUCCUAAAGUUAAAUUUGCUACCCACAGGAGGAAUAGUAGGGGGAGAGAUGAGCAGUUACAUGCUUGAGAUAUCCAGAGUUGAAUUCCAGAACGAAAAUGAAAGAAACUUUCAUUUGUUCUACCAGGUUCUAAAGGGGCUUAAAAAAGAGGAACUAGAAGCAUACUCAUUUAUGGACGUUAAGGAUUAUAACUAUCUGAACCAGAGUAACUGUUAUGAAGCACCAGGAAUAGAUGACGUGUCAGACUUCUAUAACGUCCUGAUCCAGCUUAAAAAGUUAUUCACACCAGACAGACUUAAUAACUUUUUCGAGAUAAUCUCAGGUAUUCUACUUUGUGGGAACGUGGAUUUCGUUGAAGAGUCCAGAAUGGGAGUGGACUCAGCAGCCAAGGUAUCAAAUGUUUCUCUCUUUAAGAAGUUGACAGAAUUGUUGGGCUUGGAUUAUGAUUUAGCCGAGAAGGCGAUGAUUGAAAAGGUUAUCAAGAUACAAGAUAACAUGAUAGAGUCGCCAGUAACAUCAAAAGUAGCACAAGUUAACGUGAGAGCACUUUCUAAAGAUUUAUACGGCUUUCUAUUCCAGUAUAUAAUACAGUUAAUAAAUCAGUUCACCUCUGGGAAGUCAGAUGAUUCAAAUACACAUGAAAAGGACUCAUAUGUGGGAAUUUUGGAUAUUUACGGUUUCGAAUACUUUAAAUAUAACACAUACGAGCAACUUUUAAUUAACUUUGCUAACGAGAAGCUACAAAAGUACUUCAUAAACAAUGUGUUUACCAGUGAGCUGUCUUUGUAUGAGAGAGAAAAAAUAGACGUAACGUCAAUAGUCUACAGUGAUAACUCUGUAGUUCUGGAAAUAUUCGAGAAAAAAAAUUGUGGAAUAUUCCCUUUUCUAUAUGAGCAAUGUUCAAUGGAGUCAGGAACAUCAGAUGCAUUUACAAGGAGCUGUAACACCAGAAUAAAAAACGAAAAUUUUAUACCCCCUAAGGGAAACGUAAAUGAAUUCACAAUAGUACACACAGCCUGUAAAGUAGUUUAUAAUACUGAUGAGUUCAUAACAAAAAAUAAGCAUUCUUUAUCCGAAGUUGUAGUAAGUUUAUUGUUAAACAGCACCAACGAAUUAUUGAGAGAUAUGGUUAUACAUUCCAUGGCAGUGGAGGCAAGUAUGGAAUGUAGCCCAACCAAUCAAGCUUCAGCCAGAACUAGCAGAACAACUAGAUCAAGUACAAAGUUAUUUGUUGGAAACAAGUUUCUGAAGAGUAUAAAUGAACUCAUUAAAUGCUUGGAAGAAACCAACUCUCACUUUAUUAGAUGUGUUAAAACCAAUCAAGUAAAGCAGCCUGGAGUCUUUGAUGUAAAGGGGGUUUAUGGACAAUUGAAUUCUCUUAGUAUAUUGGAAGCAGUUCAGAUAAUACAUAAAGGCUAUGCAUACAAGUCAUCCUUUGCAAAUUUCAUUAAGGAUAAUCAAUUUGUAUAUAACAUACUCAUAGGUGGAAAAUCUGAUGGUGAUGACUCUACAAGUGAGGAUCCAGAAAAGGAGAAGGAAAAUGCAGUAAACAUGUUAAAAUUGCUGGAUAUACCAGAGGAAGAGUAUCAAGUAGGUUUAACCAUGAUAUUCUUGAAGAAAAACGGAUGGAUACUGCUGGAAAAGUCGCACUUGAAGUUCUCACAACUCCUGGCUCCACUCUCCAAAUUGCUUAACGCAUACUACCAGUCUUACGUCAACAGGAAAUCGUACCUAAAGAAACUGCAAAUGUUUAAGAGAGUACAAGCUUUAGCAAGGAAAUUCUCUUUAAUGAGUGAGAAGUACAAAAAAUUGAAAGUAGUGAAUCAAUUCGUCGGGUUUGUAGUGGUUGCAAACUGGCUUAACUACGAGCAGAAAGUUGUUAAUUCAGCCCUGGUUAUUCAAUCAAGCUAUAGAAUGCUGGUCCAGAAGAGGAAAUACUUGAGGGAAAUAGAACAACUCCGUAUGCUUCACAAGAAAAGAGUUAUAAGGAGAAGAUUAGGCAAAUUUAAGUCCUAUGUGUGGUAUUCCGUAUUUGGUUUGUAUCUACAGAGGGUGUAUAGGAUAAACCAAGUUAACAAGGCUGCGACAAGAAUCCAAGCAACAUGGAGGAUGCAUCGUUGUGUGUCAUAUUACAACCAUCUCCGUUACAAUUACUUAAAGGAUUACGCAGCAACAGUAGUUCAAAAGAACGUGAGGUGUUUCCUUCAAGUUAAAAACUAUGAAUUUAUGAGAGAUGCUAUUCCAAGCGUAGUAUUGAUACAGAGCUACUUCAGAGGAUGGUUGGUCAGGAAGUUUGUUGACUCCAAGGUUAAUGUCCUAAAAUCCAUCAGAAAUAGACUGGCUUUAUAUUCUAAGCUGUACUUUAUCCAGAACACAAUAAAGUCAAUAUUAUCAACACAACAGUUCAAGUUGUUGAAGCAAGAUUUAUCAACUUUGCAGGGGUUCUUUUGGACUCGUUGCUGGUAUGUUGAAAUGUUGAGAAUAAUGUGGGCAACGAAAACGAUUAAAAGAUAUUGGAAGAGUUACAAGUUCAGAAAAUUGGUUAACAGCCAAAAGGAUGAGUUGAUGCAAGACAUAUACAAGAAAGAAGUUCAACAAGUCACGAGAAAUGAAAUUGUAAACUCAUUGUCCCUGUUACAGAAAUAUAAAUAUGGUUUAUUGCCCUUGCAUGUUAACGUAUCGACAAAACUGGAUGAGUUUUACCCAAAUGGGUGGAGUAAUAGUUUGGGUAUGGUGAUGAGAGUUAAUGAAGAUAAGCAAAUAACUAACGCCUCAAUGGGCAUGUUUCACACAGUUCUAGUUUUAAACGGAACAUAUGUUUACACAUAUGGACUAAACGACUAUAAUCAACUUGGGUAUACAAACAGAAAUGAAUUAACAGGAAAUGUUACAUUCAGAGAUGUAAGUGUUGAUAAGAGUAUCAGACUAGAACCCAUGGUGAUGAUUAAGGAGGGUUUGAAGGUAAAGGAUGUAGCAUGUGGAUUUGAACACACAGUGAUGUUGUUAAAUGACGGUAGCGUGUAUUCCUGGGGUUUAAAUCGCAAUGGACAGUGUGCACAGAUUCAAACAUACGAGGUUAUAACAACGCCUACACUAGUAGCAUUUCCGAAUGAUUGCCCAGUUAGGCUUGUAAGCUCUGGAAACUAUCAUGUGUGCUGCUUAAACCAUGACGAUGAGUUGUUCGUCUGGGGAAAGGCGUUCCACCUGGGACUCAACUGUUCAGACCUAUUCAGGCCAAUGAAGUUGGAAACUAAAUUAAAUUUGAAAUCAGUAUAUGCCGGUAAACAAGUUUCUUAUCUUCUAGAUCAGGAAUCUAACCUAUAUAGUUUUGGAACAACUUAUAAUGGACAACUCGGUUACUCGUCGAAUAGCUCAGACAAAUCAUUUGAACUUAACAGGAGGAAUAAUGAGCUUGGAAAUCUAGCUUAUUGCGGAGAAACUAGCGGUUCAACAAUCUUUAGGUUUGUUCUCAACCAGGUGGUCGAUGUUAGUGUGGGAAAUAACUUCACGGCGGCAGUAGAUGUGUACGGGAAUUUGUGGCAAUGGGGAACCUUUUUGGUGGUAAACUCAGGAACGGAAACAUUUGAACAGAAAACAGAGUAUAAACCAUUCCUAGUAAAGGUGGAUAAGAAGAUUCUAAAGUCGCCACUGGCAAAAGUAUCAGUAGGAUGGUGGGAAGUCAAUCUUCUAACUGAGUCGUUAUCACUUUACGGAUAUAACUAUUUAAGAUUAGAGAAGAAGCCAGGUGUAGAAAACAGUCCAAAACUAAAGGCGACUGUAGAGGAAAAUUUUACGGUAUACUCUCCAAUUCUCUUCAGUUACCCAGGAUUGGCAGGAAUGGUACCAAAAGACGUUAAAACGUUAGCAUCACCAACCAUAACAGUAACUAUGGUAAGAACAGACUAGAUUAAACUUAAUUCUAAGAAAAAAUUCCAAAAAGUUGCAAAUUCGGGAUAAUGUACUCUGAAGAUACAGAAAAAGUACAUUUGUGGUGGAAACAAUUAAUGUGUACUAAAAACCCCCUAGA